GCUCUCUCAGCAAUCAACGUUUCGUCAGUGAAAAUAAAAAAAUGACUAAAUUAACAUUGUACGGCUUUGAACCAAGUCCUCCAGUACGUGCGUGUCUUUUAACAUUAAAAGCUCUACAAUUGCCAUUUAAAUAUGUUCAUAUUAAUUUAAUGUCCGGUGACCAUAUGGCUUCGGAUUAUCUCCAAAAGAAUCCCCAACACACUGUGCCCACACUAGAGGAUGAUGGUAAUUUUAUCAGUGAUUCCCAUGCCAUCAUCGCCUACUUGGUUAGCAAAUAUGCUAAAGAUGAUUCUCUUUACCCCAAGGAUUUACUCAAGCGUGCCUUGGUCGAUCAGCGUUUACACUUUGAGGGUGGUGUUGCCUACUAUGCAUUACGCAACAUUUCUAUGCCACUGUGGCUAAGAAAUGAUAAUCAAGUGCCCCAAGAGAAAAUUGAUGCAAUUGUGGAAACCUAUAAUUUCUUGGAAGUUUUUCUCAAAGAUUUACCAUUUAUUGCUGGCAAUCAUUUAACAAUCGCUGAUUAUAGUAUUGUAUCGAUAGUGACUUCCUUGCAGCCCGUAUUGGACAUCGAUACAUCAAAAUAUCCAAAAUUAACAGCAUGGCUAAAGCGAAUGGAAACUUUACCCUAUUAUCAAGAAGCAAAUGGAAAUGGUGCUCAGCAGUACAGUGAAAUGAUAAAAUCAAAAAAUAUUACAAUUGUAUGAGUGUUAGUUAUUUGUAAAUAUAGUUACCAUAAUAUUCUAUA